AUGAAUAUGCUGACCGUUGACUUUACCCAAACUAGGUGGUUUGAUUCACCAUGGUCAAAAAUUUUGAAGUUUCUUGGAGCGACGACAUACGAGAAACUUCCGCGUCUAGUAGAAGCGUCUAUGGAUGAAGAACCGGAAAUUUCGGGGCACCAUGAACCUGAAAGACGCUCCAAAAGGGCCAUCUCUCUUUUCUUGCGCCUUUUUAUUGUAAUCCUAGCAGCAUGGGGUUUGCUCAAUCUGUGUCAGCAAGUAUGGUCUCACUUCAUGGCCCGCCAACCAUCCUGUUAUUGCGGGGAAACACCCACAGAAGCGGCCUCCCGCGGUUGCAUUUAUGAUCAUAUGGCGGCAGCUUGGCUUCCCAAUGGCUGCUGCGAUGAGGGUUUGGUCAAGAUUUUCGAAGAACUGGCUGAUGGCCAUAACUGGACAUAUUUUGACUACCCUGAGUUAACCAAAGAGCUUAGCACUGCUGAGGUCUCAAGUCUCGCAGGGGUUGGGGUUCAAAUUAAAGAUGGUGUCGGUGUUGUUCGUACUACUAUCGACUGGCACCUAUCGCAUUGUUUAUAUACGUGGUGGAAGCUCACGAGGGUGGCAUCAACGGGUAAGCUUAUGGGUCCUAAGUAUAGCAAUGAGGAACAUGUAAAGCAUUGCAUUCUCGAGGUGUGGAAGCACUUGAAGCAAUCUUCUAACCUUAAUAAGCUAUCUAGUAUUACUGGGGUUUAUCUUUUUCCUGAAUGA